CUAUUUCGGCAAUCUUCGUACCAUCUGAUAAGGGAGGCGGUAGUUUCCGGUUCACUAUUUACAUCUGAAAUUUUUCGUCUAAUGGUGUGUUAUUAAAAUGAUUGAUUAAUUUUUUGCGUCCUGAGGCAAUAUAAUUUUGUUUCGAGAAGUUCCAGGUUUUGUGUUGAAGUCAAUUUAACCAGCAUCAAUGCUCAGCUUGCAAGACGGUACCGAGGAUUCUACUCUGACAGCCGAUUCUACGAAGAAUCGUUCUGACACUGUGGAUCUCUCUGAUCAAUCAUUGGUAGUUGAUAUUUCAGAUGCCCUGAGUGAAAGAGACAAAGUAAAAUUCACCGUCCAUACAAAGACUACACUCCCUAACUUUGCAAAACCAGAAUUUUCUGUUGUUAGACAACAUGAAGAAUUUGUUUGGUUGCAUGAUUCCUUUGAAGAAAAUGAAAAAUAUGCUGGAUUCACAAUCCCCCCUGCUCCUCCCUGUCCUGACUUUGAUGCAUCAAGAGAAAAACUUCAAAAGUUGAGUGAAGGUGAAGGAACUAUGACCAAAGAAGAAUUCAUGAAAAUGAAGCAAGAACUUGAAAUGGAGUACUUAGCUACCUUUAAAAAGACAGUUGCCAUGCACGAAGUGUUUCUGCAGCGUCUUGCCACCCAUCCUGUCUUCAAAAAUGAUAAUAACCUCAAAGUGUUUUUGGAAUAUGAACAAGAGCUGAAUGUAAGAGGAAAGAACAAAAAGGAAAUGUUAGCUGACCUAUUUAGCAACCUUGGAAAGACAGCCGAUGACUUGUUGCUUUCUAGUACUCAGAAGGAUGUUGAUGAAUUCUUUGAGCAUGAAAGAACAUUCUUAAUUGACUAUCAUAGUCAUAUCAAGAAUGCUACUGCAAAAGCAGAUAGAAUGACACAAAGUCAUAAAAAUGUUGCUGAUACUUACAUAAAAAUUUCUUCUUCUCUGGUUCAACUUGCAACCAUCGAUGGAUCUGAUUUAGAGAAGUUCUUUAGUAAAGUAUCCGAUACAUUUGAAAAAGCUAGGAAAAUUGAAGGGAGAGUGGCUUCAGAUGAAGACCUUAAACUGUCGGACACAUUACGUUACUAUAUGAGAGAUACAGCUGCUGCCAAAAAUCUUUUAUAUCGAAGGCUGCGGUGUUUAGCAAACUACGAAACUGCCAAUAGGAAUUUAGAAAAGGCUAGAGCUAAAAACAAAGAUGUCCAUGUGGCUGAGACAGCUCAACAGGAAGCCUGUGAUCGUUUUGAAGCUAUUUCUAAACAAGCAAAACAAGAAUUGCAAGACUUUCGGGUGCGUCGUGUUGCUGCCUUUAGGAAAAACUUAGUGGAACUGGCAGAAUUAGAAAUAAAACAUGCAAAAGCUCAAGUGCAACUUCUAUCUAAUUGUCUUCUGUCGCUCAAAGAAGAGAACAGCCUCUAAUUUCUUUUCCUUUUGAAAAGGGAUUGUUUCAUGCCCUUUCAGGGAAGAGAGCUAACCGUGAUUGAGAAACUGAUUUUCUGAAUAAAUUUUUAUAUAUAUAAUAUAUGAAUUAUUCUAUAUUUGUUAUUUAAUUUUAAUAAAAACUUUGCAGAUAUGAGUGGGCAUGCAUGAACAUGUGGCAACUUCAUUUUGAAUAUAUGUAUUAAAACAUUCCAUAAAGUUGAAUAGUCAGUUUUUUUUUCCUUUUUGAUUGAUUUUAUUUUCCAAGAGCACAAAUGGUUUGUUUUUUUCCCCUCUUGUCCUCAUAAAUGUCCCAGAAGUGCUUCCAUACUGAAUUGGAACUCUGAUUUCUCCAGUGUUUCAUUGUAUGCUAAAAAUUCAAGUUGUACAAAAAGUUUUAGUGCAGGUGCUGUGCUUUUACCUAAUGACAUAAAUGAAAAAAAAAAAAAAAAAAAAAAGCUACUUUAAGAAUACAAUUUGUCAUAUGCAGAUAAGAUUGACUAGGUUUAUGAAUUUCUAUUUUAUACUCAAAUUUAUCAUCCAUCCACCAUUUAGCCACUGCCCUUUUGCAAUUGUGUUGUUUGUUUGUUUUUUUCGUCCCAUAUAGUUUCAGUAUUAUAUGUACUGUUAUUUGGCCUAUGUAUUUUCAUGUAUUCGAUAUCAAAUCAAAAAGAAACUUUUGGUAUGAUCGUUCACAGAUGACUUUGCUUAAACUUGAUAUCUUACACUGAUUCAGAAAUUCAAAUUUAGAUUUUUUAAAUAUGUGAAUGAUCUUGUUGGAUAAAUAUUUUAGAACAAUUAACUCUGUUCUUCUGUUUCCUUGUGCCAAUAAAAUUACAAAAUGGGAAAAUACUUGUUAUGCAAAACUCUUGUUUGUUUUUAUGUCAAGUGGUGCUAAUUUUUCUCUGUUUCUUUAGCAUCCCUGUGUACAUCUUUAUCCUAAAAUAAAUCCAAAAUUGUUGAUUACAUAUUUCUCCAUUAAAUAUUUUUAAAAAUCUG